AUGGUUUGUCCAGGAAAUCAUGAUAUUUUCUAUGACCUUGCAGCUUAUAGAAGAACCUUUUUAAUGCCAGUUGAAAGUAAUGAUGAUAAUUAUUAUGCAUUUGAUUAUAAUGGUAUUCAUUUCAUUUCCUUCUCAACCGAACUCUUUAUUCCAUUCAGUCCACAACACCUCUGGUUAGAGAGUCACUAUGAGAUAUGCUUUGAAGAAUACCAUUUUUUUUAUUUGAAUAAUCUUUGA